AUGGAGCAAAACCACAACACUGUGGAAGAUAUCUCUGCCAAUGGGUUUUUUGUCUCUCCUUGCCAGCCAAAUCACUCUGAAAUCCCUGCAUCUGAUGAUGACAAAGCUGGCGGUGCAUUACUUUUCUCUGGAAUAAUUUUGGGGGUUAUAGGAAUCACCUUCACUGUGAUUGGAUGGGUGAAAUAUGAAGGUGCUAUUCACUUUGAAUGGACUCGAUUGCUUGGACCCACUCUGCUGUUAAUGGGUGUGACAUUUUUGCUGAUUGCUGUAUGCAAAUUUAAAAUAUUCUCCUGCAACUCCUGCAACCAGAAUGAAGAAAGGUCACUUGAUACUGAAAGAACAUACAAUGGGCUUUAUCCUGCAGUUAGGCAGCCCAUCACUCUUCAUGGAGCUGCAAUGGUUCCUGACCUGCCUUCUCCAACCCAGGAAAGGGUUGCUACCAAUUCAGCCAAUUUGCAGGAAGUAUUGAGCCAUUCUGAAUUUCUCCCUGGCUCCUCAUCAAUAAUUCCUAUUCUUAACCAUUCUCAUUCUGAUAAUGUCACUUCCAUGGGCAGCUCAGCUUUUUCUGAAGAGAAUUAUUCUGCUUAUCUUACAUUGGACAUCAUAAGUGAAAGGUCAACUAACAGUCUUGAAGAAGCUGAAGAGAUAUUGGAUGAAGAUCUUACCUCCUUACCUCCUCCUUACGAGAAACUAUUCCCACUUUUGCCAUAA